GUUCAUGCGGUCAUUGCCGAAAAUGAUGGACCCAAGUGGUGGGAGAGAAGUGCUGGAGCAAAUAUGAUUGAUAUUCAUUCCACAAAGGAGUUUCUUGAAACAUUAAGCCAAGCGGGUGAUAAGCUUGUUGUUGUUGAAUUCUAUGGCACUUGGUGUGGUUCAUGCCGGGCACUUUUUCCCAAGCUCUGCAAAACAGCUGAAGAGCAUCCAGACAUUUUAUUUCUCAAAGUUGACUUUGAUAAGAAUAAGCCAAUGUGCAAAAGGUUGAAUGUUAGAGUGCUUCCAUUUUUUCAUUUUUAUCGAGGCGCUGAAGGAAGAUUAGAGUCAUUUUCAUGCUCCCUAGCAAAGUUCCAGAGAAUAAAGGAUGCAAUCGCAACACAUAACACAGCUCGAUGUAGCAUCGGUCCACCUGUAGGUGUUGGUGAUAUAGACCUCUCAGACGUCCCAAAGGAAAAGCCUGCGGAGGCUACUAAAUAAAAUUUCCACGUAGUUUUAAUAUUUAAUUUAUAUGUUUACAAUUUAUAAGACAUUUGUCUUCUUAUACUUGUUCGCAAUUUUUUGAUGUUGUCUUUGUGCAUACAAAAAAAAAAAAAAAUCAUUGUCUGUAUCGUUCUAGAUUUGUGAUUAAUGAAUAUUUAAAAGCUCCAUAAUUUUGGUUUCA